AUGCCUCUUCAAGAUAAUGUCCACCAAAGGAUCGAGUCAUUUAAGUUCAUUCUAGGAUCCACUUCACCUAGAAGGUUGGAGAUAGUGCAAAAAAAUCUUGGAAUUGAUGAGGUAACUGUGAUUCCAUCAGAUUACCCAGAAGACUUAAGUAAAGAGGGUAUCUCAAACGAGGAAUAUGUAAUGGAGACAUGUCGUAAAAAGGGAGAACACAUCUUGAAUAAGAUAAAUCUUGAAGGCAAAAUGUUGAUCUUGACUUCGGACACUGUAAUCAGCUGUGGUGGUGAGAUCUUUGAGAAACCAACUACCAAGGAAAGGCAAAUUCAGAUGUUCCAACUAUACAAGAGGAAUCCAAUUAUCAAAGCCAUCACCGCGGUCAACUUGAUAAAAGUAGAGGACUCCGUAAUAGAGCAGUACCAUGACAUUACAACAACAGUCUUACAUUUCAAGCAAUCGGACGAUUUGAUAAAUCUGUAUAUCAACUCAGAAGAAGGUCUAAACGUCGCAGGAGGCUUCAAGUAUCAAGAGAUGGGAAGCCUCUUGUUCCUGGAAAUACAUGGUGACUAUUUCAAUAUUGUGGGACUCCCAGUGCAUACCACAUGGGCUUUGUUGAAUCAGGCUAUGUCUUGA